UAAAAAUCAAUAUACAGAUUAACUAAAACAUUUUUAAGAUCAACACAUUGAUUCCCCAUUUAAUCCAGCCUAACAUUUCAAGAUAUACUACGGAUAUUCCCCAGUGAUCACAUUCCGUUUCGGUUACAACCCCCUAUUAAACUCAGUCAAACAAAAAAUUUAUAUUUUCAGUUAUAAACAAAUAAAGAUACAUGUUAAUUGUUAAUAUUUUGAUUUUUUCUGCUUGACAUGAUAGUAUAUAAAUAACAGAGUUUUUCAAUUUUGAGACAGAACAAAAAAAAGUGUCAACAAGAAUUAGGAUGGCGCUUAUUGUGAAUCUUUUAUCUCUUCUGUUUUCUACCUUUAUAGUUCAUUCCAAUCAAAGUACAAUGUCUCUCAGGUCUUUCAAGAUAAGUGAAAAUAUAACAUAUGAUUGCAUCGAUAUUUAUAAGCAACCAGGGCUCAACCAUCACUUUCUCAAAACCCACAAAAUUCAGAUGAAACCAUCAGUUUCAAGACCUGAGUUUAAGAUGCAAACUGGCAAAAACGAAACAUCUAACAAAAAUAAAAUAGGAUGUCCAAAUGGAACUGUUCCUAUAUUGAGAAAUACAAAAAAAUUUGUCACUAACUCACAAAUAUUUGCUGAGAGUCAUUUUCAUCCGCUAUCAGCUGAUAGUCCUGGAACACAUAUUGCUGGAGUAAGGUCAAAUGGUGGUCCAUUUCGUGGUGUACAAGCUUCGCUUAGUGCAAAUGCGUUAAACGUGGGAAAUGAUCAAAUCUCAUAUAGUCAAAUAUAUAUAGGCAGUGGAUCAGGAAACCAAGUCAGUUAUAUCUCAGUGGGUUGGAUGAUAAAUCCAGGUUUAUUUGGCGACCAACGUGUUUGGACAUUUGGAUUUUGGAAGGGUAAAGAUGGGAAGGGAUGUUACAAUACCGCAUGUUCAGGGUUUGUUCAAGUAUCAAAGAAGAUUCCAAUUGUCGAACCCAAUGUUCUUAAGCCAGGGGUCCCUGGCUGGUUUCACUUAUCCAUUCACCAGGAUAGAAAUACAGGAAAUUGGUGGAUUACACAAAUUAUGAAAGAUGCACCUAAUGAAGAUAUCGGUUAUUGGCCAAAAGAAUUAUUUAACCUUUUAGACAAUGGUGCAAAUAUGGUUGGAGCUGGUGGUGUUGUUCAGGCUUCGCGUUCUGGUUCAAGCCCGCCCAUGGGUAAUGGUCAAUUUCCGAAUGGAGGCCGCUUGGAUUCAGGAAUUUUCACAAAUAUUGAAGUCUUAAAUUCCAACUAUGAGCAACGUAAAAUGAAUUCUUUUCCUAUAGAUAAUCUGGUAGAUAGUGAGAAAUGUUAUGGGCUAAGAAUUGGUACGGUAAAACGAUUCUAUCGUACUCAUCUUGGUUUCUUUUUCAACUAUGGUGGUCCGGGAGGAAAUUCAUGUGGAGUUUGACAUUUUCCAUAACACUCUUUAAACUUGGGAUUUGAUAAAAAAUAUUAAACUAAUAAAAUGCAAACUAUUAUAAGA